AUGGUUGGUUGGAAGUAUCCUCGCAGGCUUCGCCUCUUCCCAACUCUUUCUUUGUUCAAUCUCUUCCUUCCGCUUUUCUUGGGACAGUUUGUCGGUGCUAGGUUGGUAUUGGUAAGACCUCAUGAAUAUUCCGCUCAGCCUGGAGUUCCUUCUGACUUCUUCAAUAAUCUAACCGCUACUACUGGCUGCCGGCUGUCUGUGAAGCCACCUGACUGUAGCUGUGCUCGCUUUGGAAGCCUAGGUGCGAGUAUUCGGAGUCGGCACUCGCGGUGUAGGCAGUGCCCGCAGGACGCAAUGAACUGCAGUUAUUCUUGUUUCCUGAUGCCAGCUUUCGGGGAGAGACAAUUUCGUGAACCCAGCAACUUCAGGCCUUCUGUACGUUCUUCAGUUACUGCUGGACCCUUAACUGACGUCUUUACCCACCUAGGAUCAUUUGCGGGUGGUAACGCACUAUGCACUGGUAGUGGCGUCUCACCGAUUCAUGGCAACCGCUAUUUCGGGAGUCGCGUUCACUCUUCUGUUCCUUUCACAUUGAAUACCUACAUCUCGUACGCUUCGUCACUGAUUCCAGAGGGUCCUGUUCGUCUUCGGCCAGUCCAUUUAGACGCUCAGCCGCACUUCCCUUCUUCCGCUUUUUCCGAGACAUUGACCGUCCCCGGGCUGUCUGGCCGUGGCAGUACGUUUUUGUUCGCCAAAGUGUCGAAUAAAGAUAAGCAUCGCGGCCACGCCCAUAGUUUUUCAGAUCUCACUUCUUCAGGGGCUUCCGAGACCGACAGCGCCAGUACUGAUAAACCCUCAAAGUCGCAUGGCGAAUCACACGGAGGGUUUUCGUUCAUGUUUCCAAAGACAGGAGGUUAUGUCAGCAGCAACGACCUACGAAAUGGGAGUUGUGUGAUUGUUGGAGACCAGGCGUUCCGUGUUCUGCAAUUUCAGUCCGUUAAGAUGGCUCGUGCAGCCGCGUACGUCCGGGCACGCCUAAAGAAUCUCGUUACUGGCGCCACCAUCGACCACAACUUCCGCUCAGAUGAGAAACUACAGAUCCCAGAAAUCGCGGUCGCUGAAGCAACUUUCACGGGGUUCAGAGCUGGAGGCGGCGGUGGCUCAGCGGCGAAGAGAGGCAGCAAACACAAGAGUUCAGAGUCAGCGAUUAUGGGAGAGGCUCUGAAGGCUGCAGGAAUGGAAAAAGCAGGAGAUGUGCGAGGCAGGGACAGAACUCUUGUUUUUAUGAACAAAGAGACGUGGGAAGAGAUUUUGAUCACGGACAGGGACAUAAUCGAACGCAUUUCUGGCUUCCUCAAAGAAGGCAUGGAAGUCCGGUUUGGCUUAUGGGAAGAUAAGGUCGUCGAUAUCGCGCUGCCGGCAACUGAGACGUACACUGUGACAGAAAUCUCUGGACAGUCGGAUCACAGUCGAGGAAACCCUGGCCGGAAACAAGCUAUUCUUGAGACGGGUGCUCGCAUUUCAGUGCCCCACUUUGUCGAGGCAGGCGAUCGGGUAGUUGUGCGUACGAGUAACGGCGACUUCGUCAAGCGAGGUGUAUGACCUGAUUGGUCAGGCAGAAAGUUUCUGCGUGAUUCACUGCUGAUGAAAGAGUGACUGGUAGUGUGAAGACCUCUAAAUUUGUGCAGGCGUUGUAUGUAGCUGCCCGGUUGCUUUCGGACGCCUGAUGGUGCGCAGAAACCCUGAGAAUACGGUCCGGCAACGACCGCGUGGGAGCACGCAUAGCGGGUAGUAAGAAGUUGAAGACAACGACCCUGAGAAGAUUCACUUUUUCUGAGCAGUCAUCACAGAUUCUCCCCUGUAACGAAGAUCGACUGCGGUUCUCUUUUGUUGGGCCUAAAGCUACGGAG